CUCUCAACUAAUUCGAAAGCGAACCAAGCUUUUGGAGAGGCAGAGUACUGAAGGAAGAAGGAAGAUGGGUUCUGUAGCAGCAGCAGCAGCCAUGGAUGCUCACAUGGUGUUCGUCUACGGCAGCCUAAUGGCCGAUGAAGUUGUUCACGUCCUGCUGAACCGCGUGCCUCAAUCCUCCUCCGCCAUCCUCAACAACUAUCACAGGUGUGGCAUCAAGGGGCGGGUUUAUCCUGCCAUUAUACCCAUGGAGGACAAGAGCGUUGAAGGUAGAGUCCUGUGUGAGAUCACCCAGCCUGAGCUUGAAAUCCUGGAUACGUUUGAGGCUGUUGAGUAUGAGCGUCACACUGUUGAAGUUUCACUCCCGGAGGAGCAGAAGGUACAAGUGAAUGCCUAUGUCUGGGGGAACAAAGAUGAUCCUGAAUUGUAUGGAGAGUGGGAUUUUGAGGAGUGGAAGAAAUCACACAUGAGUGAUUUUGUGAAGAUGACAGCAGAAUUCAUGGAAGAAGUGCAGCAGCCUGACUCUAAGACCAGGAUUGCAUCAAAAGAUGGAUUCACCUCCCCAAUAAUGAAUGAGCCUGCAACUCCAGCAGCUGUGGCUAUGGAUGGUGGAAGCAAUGAUGGUCACAAGGUGUUCGUUUACGGAAGCCUGAUGGCCGAUGAAGUUGUUAGCAUCCUACUGAAGCGCGUCCCUCCAUCCUCUCCCGCCAUUCUCUACGGCUAUCACAGGUUUAGCAUAAGAGAAAAAGUCUACCCUGCCAUUUUACCGGUAGUAGGAGACAAGGAAGUUCAAGUUCCAGGGAGGGUCCUGUUUGGAAUCACAGAUCCUGAACUGCGAGUGUUUGAUGCGUUCGAAGAUCAGUACGAGCGUCUCGUCCUUGAAGUUUCGCUCCCGGAAAAGAAGCUAGAAGUGAAUACCUACAUUUGGCUGAACAAAGACGAUCCUGACUUGUAUGGAGAGUGGGAUGUUGAGGAGUGGAGGAGAUUGCACAUGAGCGAGUUUCUGGAGAUGACUGUCAGGUUCAUUAAAGAGCUGCAGUCUGCAACCACCUGAUUCAAAAGAGAAACUUUCUAUAGCACAUGUUUACCCAUCACAAGGCCUUUGAUGAGAUGGAUGUCAUGGAUGAACUAUCCCAAUUUGGUACACUGCUAUCGGUUUAGUACAAAUAACCAGCAUUUGUAUUGUAAGACCUUACCGGUUAAACCAUGUAACAAUGAUCAAGCUGGUAUGGAAUUGUCAAUACUUGUGCAAGAUUUCG